CGUUUAGUAUAUUUCUCAAAAACGGUAACAGCGCUCACACAAAUAAUCGCGAUGUCGCAGAGUGCAGAUCAAAUUAAAAUCGGUACAGCUGAUGUUAUCAGUGACGUCUUGGAUAAAUGCCGUUUAUGGCAACUACGUGCAAUUUUAAUUAUAUUUCUCACGAAAAUUCCAACUGCAUUUUUCAUGGCGGCAAUUAUUUACUCAGCGCCGGUUCCGCAACGCGUUCGUGUCUAUUGUCGGGAAGGAUCGGAAGGCAAUGUCACAACGAUUCUGCAUCCAGCAGUAGCAGACGUCAAUGAUCAGGAGUUCGAAUUAAGUUUAUGUGAUACUUACAAAGAUGUGAAAGAACAUGCUUGGAUGUACUUCGGUCAUUAUUUGUUCCAAAUGCCCUGGAUGGAACCAACGAAUGAAACAAAUGCGGAAGAAACGGUCUUGCCUUGUGAUAUUUUUGACUUCAAAAGUGGAAAUCCUGUUACUUCGUAUGAUGUUGUUUGUUCACGAGGAGCUUUGGUGGUGUUGACACAAGGAAUGCAUUUGGUGGGAAUUUUAUUGAGUGGAGUGGUUGCUCGAUAUUCGAUGAAAAUCAUGAGUCCGAAGACAGUUCUGCGUCUUGCAAUGUUACUUCAAAUAAGUUGUGGUUUAAUUGCUGGUGUGGUUGAAUCUUUGAUUGUUCAUCUCGUUUUUCGAGCAUUAGCGGCUAUUGGAUGUGCAGCGGCAUUCACCGCAGGCUUCGUAAUUGUUUCUGACAUCACCACGGGAAAGUGGCAAAAAGGAUCUCAAAUAUUCUUCGACCUUUUUUGGUCAAUUGGAAUCGUCAUUUUAUCUUUUAUCACACAGUACGAAGCUCGAUGGACUCAACUUUACAUGAUCAUUUCACCUCCAACUUUUGUCAUUCUCAUUUUAACGAUAUGGGUUCCCGAAUCUCCACGAUGGCUUCUGCAACGCGGUCACAUAGACGAAGUAAAAGAAAUCCUUCUUAAUGCCUCAAAUUUCAUCUCUUCAACGGCAGUGAUUCCCGUAACGCUAAAAGCUCAACUGCAGUUGCAAGCAAAUUCAAUCGUUAAUUGCAAACCUGCUUCUUGGUUCGAAUUGUGGCGAACAUCAACAAUGGAACAAAUUCGAAUUUUUUGUAUUCACGUUGCUUUUGCCUGUUUUACCAUCAUGUAUUUUGGCAUGGUACUAAAUAUGCCGAAUUACGGUCGUCAUUUUCUGUCUUAUAAUGCAUUAUUAAUAGCUGCAAGUGAAGUUAUUGGAUGUUUUAUUGGAUACGUACUCGCAACGACUUGCAGUGUAAAAUUUUUCUCGAGUGGACUGAUUAACUUGCUCGGUGCUGGAAUUGCAUUGCAAAUGUGGCAUUGGAGAGAUGUUGAAUCGGAAUUCUAUCGUGACGGAACUUUGUUGUACUUUUGCUUGGUGUUAAAGGCAUCAGUAUCGUGUUCGUUUGGUGUACUUGUGUCAUGUUCAACUGAUCUUGUGACACAGAGAAAAAAGCAAAUUUUGAUGUUUUCGUGCCUUCUUUGUGGACGCAUUUGGCUCUUGAAUGCACCAGUGAUGGUUUCGAUCGGAAACUUUUAUGGGGAGUUCUUGUCGUUGACACUUUUCAGCAUUACUGGAAUAAUUGGUGGAUUGGCGAUGAUUUUGGUACAAAUGACAUUAAAUGUUAAAACAAAUUAGGAUUUUGAUAAUUUUCUUUAUUUUUUCUGAGUUUUUGUUUUAAUUAUUUUCGUCACAUAAAUUAUAAUUUUAUUUAUUUAUUUUUAAUUAAAUAUGUAGGUAGUACAAAUAUCAUUGCUACGUUUUCUUAAAUUUUUAUUACAAUAAUUUUUUACGAAUAUAUUAUUUAAUCAUCGUUUGAAUUAUGUGAUUAAGAAUGAUCAAAGACUAGAAAAAUUGGAUGAAUUAUUUUUAAUAUUUAUAUUUUUUAUAUAUUUUAAUUGAUUUCUUUACUUACAAAGCUAAUAAUUUUUAAAAUAGUAUUUUUAUAGAUUUUUUUUUUACUUGCAAACUUGUGCCUUAUACUCUUAAUUAUUGCUGUGAGAUUCUUUUUAAAAGAGUUGAAGAUAGUGGAAAACUUUCAAGAAUGAGUCACUUGACAGUUUAUUAGAUAAUGUUUGAUAAUAGUAAGAAAUUUUGAAAGUUCAUUGAAAAUAAUAAUAAUUGCUGACUUGCAAAAAAAAAUUAAAUUUCAUGCACUGGGAAUCACCAGAGAAAAUUUUUCUAGAUCUUUUCUUCGCUAUAUAAAGAAAAAAAAAUAUUUGAAAAGUUCAGUUCAUUCAGAAACCCCUUUCAAGCCAUUGAAAAAAAUAAAAAAAUGUUGUUAAAAUUAUUAAUUUUGUCCAUUUUUUGGAUUCUUGGAUCCUCGUUAGUUAUUCCUGAUCAAAAUUUACAUCCGAUCGGGGAGUUUCCGCAAACUUUUACUAGAGAUCUGAAUGUGGAACCAUCAGUCUAUGGAAAUAAUCCAAGUUUCCAUGGACGUAUUUCGAAUCAAGGAGUUUAUCCGAAUGGAAUUCAAGGAUCAAGAACAUCGAACGUGGUACAUGUGAGAGAAAAUAAUUACAACUCUCAUUCAGUUUCGCAGAGUCAAGGUCGACAGACUGAAAUCAUUCAACAGAAUGGAGUAAUUAGUGGUCGUCCUUCAUAUUAUAAUCAAAAAAUUUAUAAAUAAAUUUCAAUU